AUGGCUUAUGAUAGGCACUUGGCCAUUAACAAGCCAUUGCACUAUAUAGUAAUUAUGAAUCAAACCCUCUGUAUAGGACUAGUGAUUCUUUCAUGGAUUUUUAGCUUGUCUAGCUCUUUAAUUUUGACACUGUUCACAGUGUUUUUGGAUUUUUGUGGCCCUAAUGAGAUCAACGAUUUCUUCUGUGAUGCGGGUCCAGUGCAGAGUCUGGCAUGUUCAGAUACAUAUGUCACCAAGGCGAUGACAACAACAGCUGCCGCCGUAAUAUCCAUUGUCCCAUUCAUGAUAAUUGUUGGGAUUUACACCAAAAUCAUUAUGACUAUUUCCAAGGUAAAGAGUUCUUCAGGGAAACAGAAAGCGUUCUCCACAUGUUCAUCUCAUCUUAUAGUCACCAUGUUAUUUUUCUUCACGGUCUUUGUUAAAUAUCUUAGACCUUAUGACAUUAGAAGUGAUAAAUAUUAUUCUCUCAUUUACUUUAUUAUUAAUCCAGUAGUCAACCCUUUUAUAUAUGCCUUAAGAAAUAGAGAUGUGAAAAAUAUUCUAAAAAAUAUUUUGAAUUUCAAAGCAAACUUGAACUCAAAAAGUAAAAUUGCCUAUGGCUAA